UGAUCAAGUCAGGAUAAAGUCCCUCUUCAUUUUUUAUCAAAGAAAAACAAUUACAGUCGUAAUUAUAGUGCGCUUCAAUAACCACUGGAAGUUAAAGGCAGACGUUUCUUGUGAUUUUUUUUUAAAAUUCAGGAAACGCUUUUGUAACAGCGCUCAUUCAUCCGACAGCAAGGUCACAAGCAACAGCGGAUGAGGUGGUCGCUAAGCCUUCUUCUCAUGCCUAUUUGCUGUACAUUUAAAAAGGCACAAGUGCAAAGUUGAAGCAUGGCUGGACUCAUAAACUUUGAAGAUGAAAAUGAGGUGAAACAGUUCCUGGACAAUUUGGGGGUGGAGUACAGUUUCCAGUGCUACAAAGAGAAGGAUCCUGAAGGGUGCCAAAGGCUAGCUGAUUACCUGGAAGGGGUGAAGAAAAACUAUGAAUCCACUGCACAAGUGCUCAAACAUAACUGUGAUACAAAUGGUCAUGGAGAGAGCUGCUAUAAACUGGGAGCUUACCAUAUCACAGGAAAAGGUGGAGUGACUGAGUGUCUGAAAUUAGCCUACUCCUGCUUCAUCCGCUCCUGUAAUGCUGGAGGAAAGAAGUCCAGAGAUGCCUGUCAUAACGUCGGCCUGUUAGCUCAUGAUGGGCGAGCUAUGGGAGGAGAACGUGAUCUUACGGCAGCUCGAGAGUACUAUGAUAAGGCCUGCGACGGCGGCUUUGCUCCUUCAUGCUUUAACCUCAGCGCUUUGUUUAUUGAGGGUAAUGCCAAAGGACUGCCACCAGAUAUGAAUCAAGCUUUGAAGUACGCCAACAAGGCUUGUGAGCUGGGACAUGUGUGGGGCUGCGCCAAUGCAAGUCGCAUGUACAAACUGGGGGACGGAACAGAGAAGGAUGACAAGAAAGCAGAAGAGCUGAAGAAUCGAGCAAAGGAAUUGCACGGUUUAGAGAAGGAAAGACAGCUCAAAUUUGGAGAGUGACACAUUUGAAUAAAUUAACUCCAUGUUG